AUGUCCGUCCCGGAGGAGGAGGAGAGGCUUUUGCCGCUGACCCAGAGAUGGCCCCGAGCGAGCAAAUUCCUACUGUCCGGCUGCGCGGCUACCGUGGCCGAGCUAGCAACCUUUCCCCUGGAUCUCACAAAAACUCGACUCCAAAUGCAAGGAGAAGCAGCUCUUGCUCGGUUGGGAGACGGUGCAAGAGAAUCUGCCCCCUAUAGGGGAAUGGUGCGCACAGCCCUAGGGAUCAUUCAAGAGGAAGGCUUUCUAAAGCUUUGGCAAGGAGUGACACCCGCCAUUUACAGACACGUAGUGUAUUCUGGAGGUCGAAUGGUCACAUAUGAACAUCUCCGAGAGGUUGUGUUUGGCAAAAGUGAAGAUGAGCAUUAUCCCCUUUGGAAAUCAGUCAUUGGAGGGAUGAUGGCUGGUGUUAUUGGCCAGUUUUUAGCCAAUCCAACUGACCUAGUGAAGGUUCAGAUGCAAAUGGAAGGAAAAAGGAAACUGGAAGGAAAACCAUUGCGAUUUCGUGGUGUACAUCAUGCAUUUGCAAAAAUCUUAGCUGAAGGAGGAAUACGAGGGCUUUGGGCAGGCUGGGUACCCAAUAUACAAAGAGCAGCACUGGUGAAUAUGGGAGAUUUAACCACUUAUGAUACAGUGAAACACUACUUGGUAUUGAAUACACCACUUGAGGACAAUAUCAUGACUCACGGUUUAUCAAGUUUAUGUUCUGGACUGGUAGCUUCUAUUCUGGGAACACCAGCCGAUGUCAUCAAAAGCAGAAUAAUGAAUCAACCACGAGAUAAACAAGGAAGGGGACUUUUGUACAAAUCAUCGACUGACUGCUUGAUUCAGGCUGUUCAAGGUGAAGGAUUCAUGAGUCUAUAUAAAGGCUUUUUACCAUCUUGGCUGAGAAUGACCCCUUGGUCAAUGGUGUUCUGGCUUACUUAUGAAAAAAUCAGAGAGAUGAGUGGAGUCAGUCCAUUUUAAACCCCUAAAGAUGCAACCCUUAAAGAUACAGUGUUCAGUAUUAUUGAAAUAUGGGCAUCUGCAACACAUACCCCCUAUUAUUUCUACCUCUUUAGGAAGACACCUAUUCCACAGAGACUGAUUUAUAGGGGGCAGCACUUUAUUUUUUUCUGGAAACCCAAGUUCUCUUUGACUCCUCUUUUUGUCCAAAAGUGAUCUGGUCGGAUCUCACAAGGCCAUCCAAUGAGACCCCGCACAGCAUUUUCUAAAGAAGAAUCGAAGCCUGACCACUUUCACCUUGGGCAAGAAGGUUUGGCCUUUGAGUUGCUAUUCUAUGCUGAAGAGCCUGCUUAGAGGAGGAGUACCAGGAGGGAGCCAGCAUUUCAGAUCUGAAGUAGACGAUAGGAAUGUGGAAGAACACAUACAUAGUGCUUAAGAAAUACAUUUAACCUGUUAUGUCAGUAUUUAUCAUUGAAGUUUGAUAAUUCACUUUUCUGUCAUUGUUAAAGCGUACAUAUUGUAAAUUAAAGGGAGGUGAAUGGAAAUUAAUGAAUAAACAUUUUGAGUUUCCCUAGUGUUGAA